AGACACCAAAAUAAAAAUCUGCUUCACAAAAUUGACCCUCUUCGCUCCUCACAAUAAACAAAUCAAAAACAGAAGAAAAAACUCAAAGAAACAUUUUCAUUCCACCAAUGGCUUCUUUACAGGGAUCGUUUCCUGCAAUUUCGGCUGUGCGUUCGAGCUUCUCUUCGUCUUCUUUGGUGGGAGUUUCUUUCGUUAGACUGCCGGACUGUAACCGGAGGAGCUCCGGCGACCGGAUAAGCUGUCGUAGAACGUCCUGUAGAGCAAUGGUUCAGCAAGCAGUGCAGGGAGGAGCUCCGGCUACUUAUGCUAAAGAUAUGGAACGACUUUCUGCUAAGGAAUCUCUUCUGCUUGCUUUUAAGGAUGCUGGGGGUUUCGAGGCAUUAGUCACGGGAAAGACAACAGAUAUGCAACGAAUUGAUGUGAAUGAGAGGAUAACUGGCCUUGAGAGGCUCAAUCCAACAACAAGGCCGACAACGUCUCCCUUUCUGGAGGGUCUAUGGAACUUUGAGUGGUUUGGAUCUGGAAGCCCAGGACUUUUUGCUGCUAGAGUCGUAUUUGAGAGAUUUCCUUCGACCUUGGCAAGAAUGUCAAAAAUGAAUUUGCUUCUUAAGGAUGGAUAUGCAAAGGUUGCAGCACAUUUAAAAUUGCUUAACUCGAUAGAAAGCAAAUUUAUUCUUUCCGCCAAGGUGUCUGUGGAGGGACCAUUAAGGAUGAAAGAAGAAUAUGUUGAGGGGAUAUUUGAAUCACCAACUAUUGUUGAAGAAACAAUACCAGAGCAGUUGAAAGGUGCAUAUAGUCAGGCUCUUACUACUGCCCAGCAACUUCCAGUUCCUAUUAGGGAUGCAGUGGCCAAUGGACUACGAGUUCCUCUGAGUGGGACAUUCCAGAGACUGUUCAUGAUAUCUUAUCUGGAUGAAGAGAUCCUUAUAAUAAGGGACACUGCGGGAAUACCUGAAGUUCUUACUAGGUUGGAGGCAUCUUCAUCUGGCAUGGCGGAAACUAAUCCCGAAUAUGAGAGCUAAGGAGUUCGAGGAUUGUGUUUGUUUGUUUUCCCCCUCCAAAUAAUUUUGUUCAAAAAGAUUCCAUGAUCAUAAAUGUAAAUUAUAGUAAAAUAGUGUAUCAAAUUCUUGAAUGAUGUUUACGUUGUGUUUGAUAAUGUUGUAAUUGAGCCCUUCCAUGGGUCUGGGCGGGGUCUUUGUUGGAUCUACAAGUUGAGGUCAAUUUUUUAGGGUUUUUUACAUAA